GAGGCCGCGUCCUGAUUGGCCCGUCUCCGCGUGACGUCACUCCGCGUCGCAUCACGGUGCCUGUGGUAGCGACGCCGCCGGUUAGUCGGUGGAUGAAGAGGGAAGAUGGAUGCAGCAACUCUUACCUACGAUACUCUCAGGUUUGCGGAAUUUGAAGAUUUCCCCGAGACUACAGAGCCGGUCUGGAUCCUGGGUAGAAAAUACACCAUCUUCACAGAAAAAGAAGAGAUCCUUUCAGAUGUGACUUCUCGGCUUUGGUUCACAUAUAGGAAAAAUUUUCCAGCCAUUGGAGGAACGGGCCCAACCUCGGACACUGGCUGGGGCUGCAUGCUUCGAUGUGGCCAGAUGAUCUUUGCUCAGGCCCUGGUCUGCAGGCACUUAGGCAGAGAUUGGAGAUGGAAGCAAGGGAGGAGGCAGACAGACAACUACUUCAAUGUUCUCAAUGCCUUCAUUGACAAGAAGGACAGCUAUUACUCCAUCCACCAAAUAGCUCAAAUGGGAGUCGGAGAGGGCAAAUCUAUAGGCCAGUGGUACGGACCAAACACAGUUGCACAAGUACUCAAGAAACUUGCUGUUUUUGAUACAUGGAGUUCCCUGGCUGUUCACAUAGCGAUGGACAACACUGUGGUGAUGGAGGAGAUAAGGAAGUUGUGCAAGGCGGCUUUUCCACACUCAGAUGCUGCUGCGUUUCCUCCAGACUCAGAACUGCUCUCCAACGGGUACCCCCCAGGAGCUGAGGUCACUGACAGGUCGUCACAGUGGAAACCACUGGUGUUGCUGAUCCCUCUCCGCCUGGGUCUCACAGAUAUCAAUGAAGCUUACACUGAAACCCUGAAGCACUGUUUUAUGAUGCCCCAGUCCCUGGGAGUAAUUGGAGGGAAGCCCAACAGUGCUCACUACUUCAUUGGAUAUGUAGGGGAGGAGCUGAUUUACCUGGACCCACAUACAACUCAGCCUGCCGUGGAGCUGGCCGAAGGCGGCAUUUUCCCCGAUGAGACCUUCCACUGCCAGCACCCUCCGUGCCGCAUGAACAUCGGGGAGCUUGACCCCUCCAUCGCCGUGGGGUUUUUCUGCAAGACUGAGGAAGACUUCAAUGAUUGGUGCCAACAAGUCAAAAAGUUAUCUCGAAUCCCAGGAGCCCUGCCGAUGUUUGAGCUGGUCGAGCGUCAGCCUUCACAUUUCUCGUGCCCAGACGUUCUGAAUCUCUCACUAGAUUCUUCCGAUGUAGAGAGACUGGAAAGAUUCUUUGAUUCAGAAGACGAAGACUUUGAAAUUUUGUCUCUUUGAGAAGGCUAGGAAACUGACUUGCCCGACCUGUGUUGCGUGGGGGGUGGGGGGGUGGGGAGGGAAGCCCCUCUGAGAGCCCGGCUCACCGGUUUUCACAGGCGCUUGAUGACAUCCCAGUGUUCCAUCCAUCCCAACGCAGAGUGUGCAUCGUCUGCAUUCUGUCCUCGGAUCAAGAAUAUGUUUUCAUGGAAGCCUUAAUGCUCGGAGUCCGGAUCCUUUUUCAGGAGAUGGAGAUGAUGGUGCCUGGCUGUGUGGGAGGAGCAGAGCCAAGACUAACGGACGUCGUCAUAAUCGCCGUUGAGGAGUGGGGAAGGGCUCUCUCCCCACUGGCCAGGCUGGGGCAGAGGAGCUCACGGUCCGACUCCUCAAGUUCUUGGCUUCAGUCGGCUUUGGGUGUCAGCUCCUCUUUAGUUACGCUGCAGGAACAGAGACACACUGGGGCUGCACAGCCUUCAAGUGGAAGUCUCUGAAGCCACCUGCAGCGGACCGGACUCUCACACCGACUUUGACCUAGUGUUCCACAGAGUGAUGCUGCUCUUGCUUCAUAUGCAGUGCUUUCUUGCAGACACUUACUGUCUGUCUUUGUCUUCUUUAAGCUCUAUCCUACUCCUUCAUUAUUUUUAAGGGCUACCCUUGGGGGCACAGGGGUGGGAAUUGAACUGACUGAAUUUUAUUAUACCAAGAUUUCUCAUUUUAAAAAAAAAGUUAAAAUUGGCAAUUUGAGACCACUAAACACACACACACACACACACACACACACACACGCUCUUUCUCCAAAACAAAUCCGCCCCUUCCUCCCCCCCCCCCCAAGUUGUUGACAGUAUAUUUAAAACAAGAGAAAGCAAAAGAGAAUGAUUUCUCCCCUUGGUGAGGUCGGCGUGCCCCUAAGGUCAUAGAUCUCUAGUGGGUAAAUUCUCUGAGUGGUUGAUGCUGUUCUGGAGAGUCUGCAGCAUAUAAAACAAGGGGUGUCCAUGUCAUCAGCAAUACCGCAUUACCAUCAGAAGCUAGGGCAGCAGAACAGGCUGCUUUCCUAGGAGGGAAAAGAGAUGAAGAAAAGAAACAUUUCUCCCAUUGAAACAAGAAUCAAACUUUGGCCUCUGUUGGCAAGAGCAUGAGCAGAAACUGAGAAGAUGUGUCCUACCACAGGCAGGAUUCUGCCAUUGGUGGUUGUGGAAAGGAAUGAAGGAGGAGGCAGGCUACAGAGGAUGAAGUUGUGUGAGUUGCCCACUUAUCACUUCUGGUAACAGCCAACAAGCAGGAAUUGCUCCAUGUUUUCCGUGCUUUGUGAAAUGUUACCUAGGAUGGUAUUGGCUUUAUGCGGUUUUCAACUAACAGUUUUGAGCUUAGCUGGCCAGUGCAGUGAUAAUCUUAGAAACCAAUGGCAAGUCACUGUCAUAGUUAAACACUAAUCAACCCAACCUGGGAUCUUCUCUAGUUCCUCAUCAAAAGUGGUCGGUCCUUUUGGUUUUUCUUUUGCCCUUGGAUUCUAUAGUUGGGUUAUUCUCAUCUGCACUGCUAUAAAAAUUAAAACCAUUUUAGUCCUUAA